AGAGAGACGAGAGGAAAAAGGAGCAGCAGUUUAUCGAUUCUUUCUCUGAUCUCAGUUUCUGACGAGCUUUGGAUUUUAUCAGUGAUUGCAAAGGUCUACUAGCCUUUUGCUGGUUGCUGACACCGCAAUGCCCCGACUCAGGAGGCUCUAUCAAGUUUGGAAGGGAAACAAUAGGUUCUGGUGUGGUGGGAGGCUAAUAUUUGGUCCGGAUGGUGCUUCACUAUCUCUAUCAAUGCUUCUCAUUGCUGGUCCAUCGAUUGCGUUUUGUUCUCAAGUGCUUGCCAAAAUUCUUAACCAUGAGAUGACCGACGACGAUAACCAAAAUCGAAUACUUGGAUCUCCAGUGCUGAUCGUGACGGCACUUCUCACUGUAGCAGAUUUGGCUUUUCUGUUGUUGACUUCUAGUAGAGAUCCAGGCAUAGUCCCAAGAAAUGCUCGACCCCCGGAUUCUGAUGAAGCAUUUGAUGUCACCACUCCUUCCAUGGAGUGGGUGAGUGCAGCAACUCCACACUUACAGCUGCCCCGUACAAAGGAUGUCAAUGUUGAUGGAUUUACCGUAAGAGUCAAGUUCUGUGAUACAUGCUUGCUUUAUCGCCCACCCCGGGCUUCCCAUUGCUCGAUCUGCAAUAAUUGUGUUCAGAAGUUCGAUCACCACUGUCCAUGGGUUGAUCAGUGCAUCGGAGUACGCAACUAUCGGUUCUUCUUCUUGUUUAUAUCAUCAUCAACCUUUCUUUGCAUAUAUGUCUUCACCUUCUCAUGGUUAAACAUUCUUAUAGAAGGAAAACGAUACCACAAUUCUGUCUGGAAGUCCAUGAGAAGCGAGGUCUUAUCACUUGUUCUCAUUGUGUACACUUUCAUAGCCAUUUGGUUUGUCGGUGGGCUGACAGCAUUCCAUGUCUACUUAAUCAGCACAAAUCAGACGACAUACGAGAACUUCCGGUACUGUUAUGAUAAGAAGGAGAAUCCAUAUAACAAGGGCUUAUUGAAAAAUUUUAAAGAUGUUUUCUUCUCAAAGAUUCCUCCUUCAUUGAAUGAUUUCCGGUCAUGGGUGCUUGAAGAUUCACCGGAAGCUAGUUCUAUUUCUUGGAAUAGCGGGAUAAAUAUCGUUGGCUCAAAGGAGAAAAUUGACUUGGAAAUGGGCAAUAUGACCGAGUUAAGCAGCAAUAUGCAGAUUACGAAUACAAUGCAGGACUUGGAUUGCACUGCCAUUGAUGAUAAUGUUCAGGAAAAAGGAAGGCAUGAAGAUGUUGCCUCUUAUCCAUUUGCUUUUCCUGUUGUUCAAGAACCUACAGAACAAGCAUCCACAUGCAACAACCAAACCUGCAUAAGAGCAGAUGGAAUGAUUAUGGAUGAAAUGUCUGAUGAGGAGAGCUGCUUAAACGACAUUUCAACUCAUGUCGAUGAUGAUGGCCAUCUCCUAGAGACGUAAGGUUUUACUUGACAAAAUCUUUCAAUACACUAGGAAUGAGCAUCGUACAUAAAACAGAGUUGCUUGCCGCGCCUUUCUCCAAGGAGAAAUGUUCAUCAGCCUGCCACAUUUUUGCCAUGGUUGAUCACCUUGCAGCCGUUGUUACAUGUUGCAAUAAAGAAAGCAGAAACAAUCAAUCAGGUUGCACCAUACUAGUGAUCCAUGGAACUAUUAGGGUAGUUCUGGAGGAAUUUUGUUUGUAAUUUUCUUCUAAUACUUUUUUUUUUUCUUUUUUGGUUCAUUUUCAUGUACAGCUUGUGCAUAAGUUGGGACUUUUGUUCUUUGUGCAAGAGCAUUACUAACUAGAUUUGCAUAACCUUGUUGUUACAUUUUGCUGGAAGAGAGGCUGAACAAUGAUAAGAGAUGGGUGCAGAUUCAAGAACUACUUAUCAGAUUUGCAUAACCUUUUCGUUACAUUUUGCUGGAAGAGAGGCUGAACAAUGACAAGAGAUCGAUGCUGCUUCAAGAACUUCCUCAGGAAGUCUCAGCUGCAACAAGGAGAAUCGAAGAGGCUGAACAGUGAUAAGAGAUUCAUGAAGCUUCAGGAAUUUCCUCAAAAAGUUGAGCUGCAACAAGGACAAGAAAACAUUCUCUUUUCUCUAUGUUGGUGGUUGGAUGUUGAGUUCAUAGGUGCUUCAGGAAAAACACAUACAGACCUCUGAAUCGAGUUACAGAAGGGCUCAACUCCUGCAUCAGAGUCAAACUUGACCUACAUCCAUAUACGAUCCAAACAAAGCUUCCAGCAGUGACACCAUUCAGCAUCAGAGUUCAAUAUAGAUCGAGUCAUUUUCUUCUCAUUCAGCAGUGACACUUGAAGGCUUUUUUGAUAUCAAUUAAAA